AUGAGUGACAAGAUAGAGAGACAUACUUUCAAAGUCUUCAACCAGGACUUUAGUGUUGAUAAGAGGUUUCAGCUCAUUAAAGAAAUAGGGCAUGGGGCUUACGGUAUAGUGUGUUCAGCGCGGUUUGCAGAAGCUGCUGAAGAUACCACGGUGGCCAUAAAGAAAGUAACGAAUGUUUUUUCAAAAACUUUACUGUGCAAGAGAUCAUUACGUGAACUAAAACUAUUAAGGCAUUUUAGAGGCCAUAAGAACAUAACAUGUCUUUACGACAUGGAUAUUGUUUUUUACUCAGAUGGCUCUAUCAAUGGCCUUUACCUUUAUGAAGAACUUAUGGAGUGUGACAUGCACCAAAUCAUUAAAUCAGGCCAACCUUUGACGGAUGCCCACUACCAAAGUUUCACAUACCAAAUAUUAUGUGGUUUGAAAUAUAUUCAUUCCGCAGAUGUCCUGCACCGUGAUUUGAAGCCCGGUAACUUACUUGUCAAUGCCGAUUGUCAGUUGAAAAUCUGUGAUUUUGGAUUAGCAAGAGGGUACUCUGAAAACCCGGUAGAGAACAGUCAAUUUUUGACGGAGUACGUGGCCACCAGAUGGUAUAGAGCUCCGGAAAUCAUGUUGAGUUAUCAAGGUUACACUAAGGCAAUUGACGUAUGGUCGGCAGGUUGUAUUUUAGCAGAGUUCCUUGGUGGAAAGCCAGUUUUUAAGGGUAAAGAUUACGUUAACCAAUUGAACCAAAUAUUACAAGUUUUGGGAACGCCUCCUGAUGAGACCUUGAAGAGAAUUGGUUCUAAAAAUGUUCAAGAUUACAUUCACCAAUUAGGAUUUAUUCCAAAAGUACCUUUUGUUAAUUUAUACCCAAACGCCAAUGCACAAGCCUUGGAUUUGUUGGAGAAAAUGCUCGCGUUUGAUCCUCAAAAGAGAAUGACCGUUGAUGAGGCGCUAGAACACCCUUACUUGUCUAUAUGGCAUGAUCCAGCAGACGAACCUGUUUGUAGUGAAAAAUUUGAGUUUAGUUUUGAAUCCGUCAACGACAUGGAGGACUUAAAACAAAUGGUUAUACAAGAAGUGCAAGAUUUCAGACAGUUUGUAAGACAACCAUUACUAGAAGAGCAAAAGCAGCAACAGCAACAGCAACAACAACAGCAACAGCAACAGCAGCAAAUCCCAGAAACAAAUAACGGAAAUAUGGAAAUGGCAGAAGAAGGAUACUCAAAACAAAUGGCUGUACCCUCAAACUCUGUUCCACCACAACAAGAGUCAUUUGGUAUCCACUCCCAAAAUUUGCCAGGGCACGAUACAGAUUUCCCUCCCCGACCUCAUGAAAAUAUGAUGGAGAUGAGGUCUGCCCCUGGGCCCACCCCUGGAAUCCCGUCUCAAGAUGAUAAUGACACAUUUUUAGAUCUUGAAAGAGAACUGGAAUUUGGUUUAGAUAGAAAGUAUUUCUAA